CAAUUGGAAGGACCCUCAUUCCUCGUUAUUUUAGCACUGUCUUUGAAGGAGGUGUAACAGACCUGUAUUACAUUCUCAAGCACUCAAAAGAGUCAUACCACAACUCAUCCAUCACAGUGGACUGUGAUCAAUGCACCAUGGUCACCCAGCAUGGAAAACCCAUGUUUACCAAGGUAUGCACAGAAGGACGUCUUAUCUUGGAGUUUACUUUUGAUGAUCUUAUGAGAAUAAAAACAUGGCACUUUACUAUUAGACAGUACAGAGAAUUAGUCCCACGCAGCAUUCUAGCCAUGCAUGCACAAGACCCUCAGGUGCUGGAGCAGCUGUCCAAAAACAUCACUCGAAUGGGUCUGACAAACUUCACCCUCAACUACCUCAGGUUGUGUGUAAUACUGGAGCCAAUGCAGGAACUGAUGUCAAGACAUAAAACUUACAAUUUAAGUCCUCGAGACUGCUUGAAAACUUGCUUGUUUCAAAAAUGGCAGAGAAUGGUGGCCCCACCAGCAGAACCCACAAGACAACCGACAACCAAACGGAGAAAAAGGAAAAACUCUACCAGCAGCACUUCCAACAGCAGUGCUGGGAACAACGCCAAUAGUACCAACAGCAAGAAAAAGUCAGCUGCUGCAAACCUGAGUCUAUCAAGUCAGGAUGUGAUGGUGGUAGGAGAACCAACUCUGAUGGGAGGCGAAUUUGGGGACGAAGACGAAAGGCUUAUCACUAGAUUAGAGAAUACACAGUAUGAUGCAGCAAAUGGCAUGGAUGAUGAAGAAGAUUUCAACAAUUCACCUGCACUGGGAAAUAACAGCCCGUGGAACAGCAAACCUCCUGCUAACCAGGAGACUAAAUCGGAAAACCCCACACCACAAGCUUCCCAAUAGGUUAUUCUGCAGCAGUACCCACUGCAAUGUAUGUCAGUGGGUUAUUAAUUACUGUUUCACAGCAUUCUUUAAAAAAAAAUAAUUAAAAAACCCCAUGUUUCAACGGAUACAGUAUCUAUUUCUAAACUAAAGCUAUCUGAUUUUUUUAAUUAGGGGAAACUCUUGUAUAAGCUUCUAUAUACAUUUCUUGGAAGCAUUCACAUACAACAUGAUACUGGCACUGACCUCAAUUAAAAUAAUUGAAAAUUAAAUAGCAUCUCAUGGUAAAUUUCUGACAAUGCAUUUUAUUGGAAGGGGUUGUUUUUUUCCUCAUCAAACAAUGGCCAUAUUUGAACAAGUCAUCAGUGCUCAGGAUCUCAUUAACGUAACUAUGUAAAACUUUUUACAAUUGUAAUAUA